AUGGCAUUCACUCAUAAUUUGUCUGUGUGUAUUCUCGGACUGUUGGUGUUUUCUGCCGAACUCGUUCAUUCUGUUGGUAGGAGUGAUUACAUCGCUCGGUUCUUUGUUCCAGGUAGUUCUUGGAUGGAUGGUUUAACGGCCAUUGAAGACCAGUCGCCAUCAUACUACUACAAUCCAUGCUAUUCAUUCAACAUUGGGUCAUCAAAAACAUCCCAACAUGGCUGUCACCAGGUGGCUGUGUGCCAGUUCAACUCACAGAAUCAUCCGUUUGUAGACGUUGGACACCAGGAACAAGCUGUUUUCGGAUAUGGUGAUGAUAAACAAGUAUUAUACAUCAACUACAACGACGAUACACCUGUGUUUAAUCUCUUCUCUCCCUGUGCUUGUUACAAUGGGUGUAGACAUGAUAUCAGUGUCGGUGCUAUCUUCUGUGUGGUUUUUAUCUGCCUUGUUGCUACAUAUUUGGUUGUAGGAAUGUUAUACAGACAAGCUGUACACAGGGCUAUGGGACUCCAGCUUCUUCCUAAUCUUACUUUUUGGACGUCACUUCCGGGUCUCAUCAAGGAUGGGUACUUAUUUUUUGUCAGUCCCUGUUGGACGUCAGCUACCAGAGAUGUUGGAUACGAGCAACUCUUGUCAGACCGAUAA